AUGAGGAACACGAGCAAGGAGGUGCAGAGUACCUCUCACCGCUAUGCUCCCUGCGAUUGGUACUACCACCUACCUGUGAAGCGCUCUGAGAAGGCUGUGGGUGCCCCACCCGCAUCCCAGAUUCCGGGGCUCAGUGACUUGGGAGACACCCCAAAUGGAAACAUGCCCCGUGCUCGGAGAUACUGGAUAAAAGAAACAGACUCGGAGUAUGUGAAACUGGCCAAGCAAGGUGGCAGACCUGAUUUGCUGAAGCACCUUGCCCCUGGGACCAGAAAGGGCUCUCCAGUAGCCUACUCCCUGCCAGAGUGGUAUAUCCACCACAGCAAGCCUCCGACAGCCCACCAGCGACAAGUCCCCGUGGUCUCCAUGCCCGAUUACAUGGUGUAUGAAGAAUUCAACCCUGGUCAGGCCAACGGCAGCUAUGAGUCCAGACGAGGCCCCUUUGACUUUGACAUGAAAACCGUUUGGCAAAGAGAGGCCGAGGAACUUGAAGAUGUGAAGAGAAAGGUGAAACUGCCAGCCAUUAACUCCAAAAAUCCCAGCAAAGUGGGGACCCCAGUUAGCCACAAAGACCUUGAAGGAAGCAGGCUGUCACUGCCUCCUAUGCCCGGUCACAAGAGCAGCUCGCCAACCAACUUUUCCAAACUCAUCAGCAAUGGCUACAAGGACGAGUGGUUACAGCAGCAGAGAGCCGAGUCUGAAAAGAGGACCCCAAAGACGUCCCGAGCAUCCUUGUCCACUCGGGCCACAAAGGACUCUGAAAGUACUGAGGACACAGAGACGCCCCAAGAUCCAGAGGCCCCUGAAGAAUCCGAGAAAGCUCCAGAUGCAGAAGGAUCUCCUUCAGAACCGGCGCCAGCAGAGGUCGAAUAA